ACAAUGCGAAGUUCCAACUAAGAUUAUAAUGUACAGGUGUAUUUCCGGUAGAGCAUCGUCACUUAUUCUGUUUGUUUUGAACGGAUUUUCCAUACUGUUUGGGGUUGCCUUAAUAUCCCUUGGGAUAGUAUGUGUCGUUGACCAUGGAAAUAUGUCUGAAGUUGUUGGAACCUCACUCUAUUCGUCUGGAGUGUAUAUAGUCAUCUUCUUAGGACUUGUUAUUACAAUCGUAGCUCUAUGUGGUUACAUCGCAGCUGAUAGAGAAAAUAUCUGCUUGAUUGUGUCAUAUAUAUUCAUUUUAUGCUUACUCGCAUUACUCUUGUUGAUAUCAGGAAUAAUAGUUUUGUCCUUUAAAAGUUCACUUGGUGAAUCGGCUAGAAGUGUGAUGGUUGCUUCGUUAAGGAAUCACUAUGGACGGUAUGGGAUAAUAACUGAUGCAUGGGACUUGGUACAGAGACACCUACGUUGCUGUGGAGUGGAUAACAUUGGAUGGGGUGUGUAUAACGGGUCGUGGUGGGACAUGAUUGUAAACUCGGAUUUAUACGAAACGAACACUAAAUUGUCAGAAUCAAGUUUGUUUUACUUGUUUGUUCCAGAAUCUUGUUGUGUCAAGAAACUUGAUGGAUUAACUGGUUGGCCAACUGAAGUAUACCGGGAUAGGAGACGCUGUCAGACGUGGCAGUACGGACCACCGAAUAAAAGCAGUGGACCCCACAACGACGCUAUUUACUAUGCAGUAGUUUUUUAACAGUUAAUAUAUUAAUUUUGUUUAGGGAUGCUUUGAAAGUUUGAAAAGUUAUAUCAAUAAUUAUGCUAAGGCUGUUGGCAUCUUGGCACUGAUCGCGUGCAUUAUCUUGAUAAGCGCUUUGAUCUGUGCAUUAUUUUUGUUCCGUGAUGCUAAACUCAAUGCUCAAAGAAAACAAAGAACGAAAAACUGGAUGAAUCAGAUACAAUAUAAGUAGAUCGAUUAUAUGGUUGACUGGAAUACGUUGAAGCAAGAGUGAAGCUGUGAUUAUAUAUUACUGGAAAGGAUUUUAAUCAUAUAUAAUUUAUUUUAUUGCUAAAAAGUAAAGUAUAUUUAUUUUC